CUCACUUCCGGGCGCUGCUUCCGGUUGAGGCGUUUGGCGACCGUUGAGCGGCAAGAUGAGCGUCUUCUCGCGCCUCAGGAACGGAAUCCCGCCGUCGCGAGACAACUGCCAGUCUCCCUACGAGCGAUUGAGUCAGCGGAUGCUGGACAUUUCCGGGGACCGAGGUGUGCUGAAAGAUAUCAUCCGAGAGGGCGCUGGCGACCCCGUGACCCCUGAUGCUUCCGUGCUGGUGAAAUAUUCUGGAUACCUGGAGCACAUGGACAAGCCUUUCGAUUCUAAUUGCUUUAGGAAAACACCUCGGCUGAUGAAACUUGGAGAAGAUAUUACACUCUGGGGCAUGGAGCUGGGCCUUCUAAGCAUGCGCAGAGGGGAAUUAGCCAGGUUCCUGUUCAAGCCAACUUAUGCUUAUGGCACCCUGGGGUGCCCACCCCUCAUCCCUCCAAAUGCUACUGUCCUGUUUGAGAUCGAGCUGAUUGACUUCCUUGAUUCUGCUGAGUCAGACAAGUUUUGUGCACUUACAGCUGAACAGCAAGAACAGUUUCCGCUUCAGAAGGUUCUCAAGGUAGCAGCAACUGAGAGGGAGUUUGGCAACUACCUUUUCCGCCAGAAUCGCUUCUGUGAUGCCAAAGUGAGGUACAAGCGGGCCUUGCUGCUGCUCCAGCGACGCUUGGCAGCAGUCUGUGAGGAGCAGCAGCUGGUGGAGCCCGCCGCGCUCCUGGUCCUCCUCAACCUGUCUUUGGUGUACCUGAAGCUGGAGCGGCCUGCCAUGGCCCUGCGCUAUGGGGAGCAGGCUCUGCUCCUUGAUCAGAGGAACGCCAAGGCCCUCUUCCGGUGUGGGCAGGCUUGCCUCCUCCUGACCGAGUAUGAGCAGGCCCGGGAUUUCCUAGUGCGAGCUCAGAAGGAGCAGCCCUGCAACCAUGACAUCAAUAACGAGCUGAAGAAGCUGUCCAGCCACUACAGGGACUACGUGGACAGAGAGAGAGAGAUGUGUCACCGGAUGUUUGCUCCCUGUGGGAGCAGCUCCUCAGUGGGAGGAAACUAAGGUACAGGGCUGAGCAUGCAUGAGAGGAUUCAGGGUCCUGUCCUUUGGGGAAGAUGUCCUCCUCAGCAAGUCUUAGUGACCAGUGGCUAUCUCCACUGAGAACAGCAUAGGACAAAUACACUGUUGCGGACUUCCCACAGAGUGGGUCACUGAGGAAGGAGGACUUGGAGGUUACGUUCAUAUUUGAGAGGUCCUGAGCUUUCCCUUUUGAAAGACUUUUCUUCAUGGUUUGUGAAAUUAAACUCUUCAAAGUUCGUUAGAAC